ACUGUUUUUGUCAAAGGAGUCUGGUGGCUUUGAAAAGAAGGCACAGACAGAUGCAGUGGUUUUAUUUCCCCAUUGGCAGUAAAGAGGUGGACAUAUUCUAAAUAUUGCAUGGACUUAAAAUAUACUAUGUUUUUAUAGCUUGGCUGUCUUUAGUUGGUUAAAAUAAUUUGCUGCUUCCCCCAUCCGCAUUACGUUGCUUAUCUCCCGUUCCCGUAUUCCACUCUACUCAGCUGGGGGCUUGUCAACCGCCAUCUAGUACAGGGUUAAUAAUGGAGUCAGUGGUGUGGAAUGAGAUCAUUCUCUCUGUUUACAUCAUUUCCUUCCUCGUAGGCCUGCCAGCCAACCUCCUGGCUCUCUACGCCUUCAGUGUUAAGAUCCACUCCAGGCCACUUCCAGUAGACAUCCUGCUUCUCAAUCUGACUGUCUCGGACCUUCUCUUUUUAAUCACCCUUCCUCUCAAGAUGCAUGAGGCAGCGUCAGACAUGAAAUGGCUAUUGCCCAGCUUCCUGUGCUCCAUCACCACCUUCACCUUCUUCUCCACAAUCUACACCAGCUCCUUGCUGCUGAUGGCGGUCAGUGUGGUGCGCUACAUUGGGGUAGCUUUCCCCAUCGCCUAUCAUAAGCUGCAGAAACCUGUGUACGCAAUAAUCAUCAGUGCUGUUAUUUGGCUGAUUACAACAGCGCACUGCACCAUUACUUUCAUCAUCCAGCACCACCCAUUACUGUCAGUCAAAAAUGUUACCGUCUGCUACGAUGACUUUUCUGAGAAGCAGUUGGCGAUCAUCCUCCCAGUACGUUUGGAGUUUUUCAUCGUGCUCUGCCUUGUACCUCUUCUAAUUUGUGUUUACUGCUACUUGCGCUGCAUCUUGAUCCUGUACAGCCGCCCGAGGAUAUCCCGGAUGCAGAAGAAGAAAGCCAUCGGCAUGGCCUUGGGGACUCUGGCUGUGUUUCUCAUUUGUGUGAUGCCAUACAACUUUACUCAUGUACUGGGUUACUUCCAGGGUACGAACCUAAAAUGGAGGUACUACACACUGCUGCUUAGCACCUUCAACACCUGUGUUGAUCCCAUCAUCUUCUACUUUUCCUCCUCCACUUUCCACUGCAAUAGUAAGAAGUCAAUUUUCAGGAAGCAUGUCCUACCCACGGUUUUAGAAUUGCAAAGGCAGCCAAGCUCUAGCGAAAUACACUCUUUACAACGUAUCUAGCUUUAAUGUUAUAUCGCUUUCUAUAUUAUAGACAUUAUAUCAGAAUGUAAUACGCUGUAUAGAUUGCUUUAAUAGUUCAGUUCAUUUAUAAAACAAUGUCUGACAUCUAGGUGUUGCUGGUUAAUAGGUAACAAAAUAUGUUGUUACAGGUGAUCAAUCCUGCUCAAAGGGACUGAGCUGCUUUCCAUGCCAAACAAUUUUAUGACAGAACCACAAGGCAUGUUUGGUGCAUAUGCAAAAUUCCAAAUUUUAUUAUUUUACAGUAAAUUCUCUAUUUUUGAACAGGAAUUGAUAUCCUUUGCACCCUUGACACGUUAUUUCCUCUUUACUUUAACGUGGGCCAGCCACUCUUCUGCACUCAUGCAUUCUGUAGGCACACAUGUAGAAUAUACCUGCAAAACAAAACAUAGGUCGUAUUACCACAAAGGCCAUUUCUAUACAGACACGUCAAGUACAAGUGAAUGGCAUAAUAACAAACAAUUAUUUGAUGGCAAGACAUAUUUUUUUAAUCUUCUGGUGUGAAUAAAUGUUACUGAUGUAUGAGAUUGGAAAUGCAAAGUGGGCAUUAGUGCAAAGCUGAUGAGACUGUACUAACCAAAGACUUUCUGUAAAUAAAAUGUCAAGCAAAUAUAUGAACUGUUUUCCUCUGUUUACAAUAACUGUGUAAUAUUCAUAUAAGAGCUCAAACAAGAUGUUGCUGUUAGCAUGAAGUAAUUACAGCAGACGCUACUGCACUCUUUUAUUUGAACAAACCUGCAAAGAAGGUCAUGAGCAGUGCCACCCAGCCUAGUAUG